GAGAAAGGUGCUGUACCACAAUGAUUGGACAACUGGCUGCUUUGAUUCUUCUUAGCACAGUGUCUUGGACUCAAACUGCUGAGGUUUCUCACCUGAUCUCUUUGACUGUAGUUGAACUUGGUGGCAGUGUUACUUUUGAAUGUCAAGUCUCUGACAUGAAAGAAAGCUUCUCCUGGUAUAAGCAGCCUCUUGGACAUAUGGCCCAAAAUGUUGCCGCUGCAGUCCAUGGCAAACUAACAGUUAGUAAAAAAUUUAAAGACACACGUUUCACACUAAGAGAAGGAGAUGAUCAGUGUCUUCUUACCAUCAGAAAUGUCAGCAAAGAGGACGAAGCAACGUACUUCUGUCAGAGUGGAACAGGAUAUUUACAGGUUUUCAACAAUGGCACAUUCUUGUCUGUGAACGAUCAUAAACAGCAGAAACAUGUUUACGUGCAUCAAAGUCCGGAGACAGCAUCAGUCCAGCUGGGAGCCUCAAUGACUCUCCAGUGUUCACUUCUCUACACGGACAAAGAGAGCAGAGCCCAGUGUCCAGGUGAACACAGUGUGCACUGGUUCAGAGCUGGAUCAGGAGGAUUUCAUCCAAGCAUCAUUUACACUCACAGCAACAGGAGUGAUGAACAAGAGGAAAGGAGCUGUGUCUACAGUUUGUCCAAAACUAUACAGAACUCCUCUGAUGCUGGGACUUACUACUGUGCUGUGGUCACAUGUGGAGAGAUCCUGUUUGGUGAAGGAACUAAAGUGGAGACAAGAUCAGAGCUGGAGCCAGUUGUCCUUGUUCUUGGAGGACUGUUGGUCUGCUGCGUGGCUGUGGUUGGCAUCCUUAUUUACUACAUAAAUCAAAGGACAGUUUGCGAACAUUGUAAAGGAGCAAUGAGUUUUUCCCAUCACCAUGGACAUGACGAGUCAACUGUGGAUCAAUCAAAUGAUCUGGAUGGUGAAGAAGAGGCAGUGAACUAUGCAGCACUGGAUUUCUCUGCAAGAAGAGUGAAAAGAGGAAGGAAGAAGAGAGAGUCACCACAAGAGUGUGUGUACUCUGUUACAUAUUACCACAACCAGCAAAACCCCUCUCUAUAGGCAGAGCAACUCCCUAUAGAGGCUCUCACCUUAGGGUGGGGGUUCACCUGUCAACAGUAGUUUUUAUUGAAAAGAUCCACACUGAAGGCUACUGAAUUUUUCUUUUAAAAAAUGUUCACAUGGAACAGAUGCAACACGCUUCUAGAAAACUACAGAUGGCAAGUAAUCCUGUUAAAUCCCUCUGAAGCUGUCAAAGUCCAAAACUUGAUAAACUACUGUUUAUGUAAGUGACAGAUGGAUUUCAGUUAUUCUGUUGUUUGUAAAUCUCAAGGAAACCAACACAAUGACAUGUCCACAGCAGCUCGAAAUCACGUUCACAAAUAGUUUAAAUGGUCACUCAACAAAAACAAUCAACCAAAAAGAAAAAAAAAGCAGCAUAAACUCUAUAGAAAUGUACUUACAACAGAUUUAUGGUCUCUGUGUCUAAACAAGAUUCACACCGGUACCAGUCAAUCAGGAUGCAGUGGUUUCUAACUUCUAUUACCGUUGAAACAGUCACACUUGUUUGUCUUGAUGAUACAAAUGAGGGAGGCUAUAACAAUCAGACUUAAAACCAAGACAGCACACAGCAGAAAUAUAACUGCACUGGCCGUCUGUGACCACAUGCAGGUUCCUGAAACAUCAUGAAAAGACAGAAACAAUUAGUAAAAGUAAAUGAUGUUUAGUAUCAGCUACCGGUAAGAUGAUUUUA